AGGCCUACUGGAGAAAAUACAAACUAAUCUAUCAGGCCCAAGCAGCCCAGUAUUAGACCCAACUCGUAGCCGUCUCCUGAUCGCCGCUAUCGUUCCAGGAAGCGGUAAGCCACCUCUUCCCUCUGACUUUUCCCGUUUCCUGGUUCGAACCGCGACUCGAGAUAACUAUUUCAAUUUGCAACUUUGAAACAUAUUGGAAGCUGAAGAAAAGAAAAAACAAUGCCAUCUCUCCAAACAGCUUUGCCCCCUGAGCUUGCAAACAAUGUGAUUAGACUUUACCGGGAGUGUCUUCGAAGAGCUAAAUACAUAGGGCAUAAGCAACAUAAUACAGCAUUGGUUGUUGAUAUGGUGAGACAGCAGUUUAAAAGGCAUAUGCAUGAGACAGAUCCAGAGAAGAUUCAGAAGUUGAAGGAUGAUGCUGCAAGGGGACUAAUAAAUCACAUGCUCUACGAAUCUGAGAAGCUGUCUGGACGAAAAUUCAGUAAGAGAUCCUGACAGUGUUGGAGUUUUUAUUUGAGAUAUCGGUGUCGAACAAAUUUAUGACUGCUAAACCAAGUAAUAAAUAUAGGCUUGAAUUUUGGGGUUCCUAAUGGUUUUCCUGGUGUGAUGCAUUAUGUUUAAUGAAACUUGCCUGAGUUGUUUACUUAAUAUUUGGUGUAUGAUGCAUGAUACUAAGGUAGUUGCAAGUUAUGUGGGUUGAAGAUAUUGCAUCAUCUUGUAAGGAUCCUAGUGUUCCUUUUUCCUCUCUGCGUAAUGCCUGUAUCAUACGUC